AUGGCGCUGGACCUACAGCCGCCCGACGGUCGCAAACGGGUCAAGGUCUACGAGCUGAGGGAUAAUGACUGGUUCGAUCGUGGCACCGGCUUCUGCACCGGCCAGAUCCUUGGGGAGGAACCGCGAAUAUAUGUCGAAUCGGAGGACCAACCAAAUCGUGUCCUGCUAGAGACCAAGAUCACCAAGGACGAUGGCUAUCAAAAACAGCAAGGUUUCUGUCCCGCUGUACCCGCCGAGACCUUGAUCGUCUGGACCGAAUCCAACGGCACGGAUAUGGCGCUGAGUUUUCAAGAAGCCGAGGGCUGCGCAGUGAUCUGGGACUUUGUCAAUACCGUGCAGCAACAUCUGCUCAGCUUAGCCGCCGCCGACGAUGCGCUCUCCGAUGACCUCGAAAGCUACCAAUCCAUCGUGUUACCCGCCCCGGAAUUGGGAAACCUCCCCGAAAUCGAGCAGAUUGUCCGCGCCGCCAGCAUGACGCAGGCCGGUCGCGACGCACUGUCGAAAUUCAUCAUUCGCGACGAGUAUAUUGGCAAACUGGUGCCUCUGGUGACGAUGGCAGAAGAUCUGGAGAGCUUGGUGGACUUGCACCGCCUCUGCAACAUUAUGAAAUCCCUGAUCCUGCUCAAUGAUAAUACCAUCAUUGAGACCGUAGUUGCCGAUCAGAUAAUCUUGGGGGUGGUCGGGGCUCUGGAAUAUGACCCUGAAUUCCCAACACACAAGGCGAAUCACCGGCAAUAUCUCGCCGACCAGUCGCGCUACAAAGAAGUCGUGCCGAUCAAGGAUCCGCUGAUUCGCAGGAAGAUCCGGAGUACCUGGCGAUUGCAGUAUUUGAAGGACGUGGUCCUGGCCCGAAUUCUCGACGAUCCGACCUUCUCCGUGCUCAACUCCCUGAUUUUCUUCAAUCAGAUGGAAAUCGUGAACCACAUCCAAUCGAAUGCUCCCUUCCUUCGAGAGCUCUUUUCGGUCUUCGACCCGAGAAACCCCGAUACCAAGCGCAAGGAUGAUGCUGUGCAAUUCCUACACCAAUGCGCCGCGAUCGCAAAGAACUUGCAAGCUCCGUCGCGGGCCCAGCUAUUUGCCAACUUCAUCAGCCACGGCUUGUUUCAGGUAAUCGCCUUUGCUGUGAAGCACCCGAACCCGGCUAUGCGCACGACAGGCAUUGAUAUCCUGGUCGCAUUGCUUGAUCAUGAUCCAGUGAUGAUGCGUGGAUAUAUGCUCAAGGCCGUCAAUGAGAAGAAGACGCCGCUCACCGACACCCUAAUUGACCUGCUCCACGCAGAGACCGAUCUAGGUGUCAAAAACCAACUGGCUGAUGCAAUUAAGAUUCUGCUCGACCCUCAGAUACCCCUGCAGGACCCGCUUGCCCGGGCUGGCCCCGAUUAUUUCAAAGUCCGAUCCUCCAACCUCCUCUCUGAUGCAUUUGUCCAGCAACAUUUCGAUGAAUCUUCCAAGCGGCUGUUUCAGCCGCUCAAGCAGCUUGCUAAUCGCCCUUCCCUUAAUGACUUGACAUUCCAAGAAGUCACGCUCUACUCGCAUCUUGUUGAUAUCCUCACCUUUUUCGUCCGUCAGCACCUCUUUCGCACGCGCAAUGCGAUUCACAGCGAAUCUCUCGCCCCCCGUGUGGCCCAGAUCCUCACUGCUCCUCAAAAACACCUGAAGCUGGUUGCCCUCAAGUUCUUCCGCACAUUGAUCAGCCUCCAAGACACCUUCUACCAAGCCCUCAUGACACACAACAACACCUUCGGCCUGAUUUUGGAUAUCGUCCACGAAACCAUGCCGCGCGACAACCUCCUCAAUUCUGCUUGCCUCGAGCUUUUUGAGUUUAUCAAACGGGAAAACAUCAAGCCUUUCAUUUUGCAUGUGGUGGAGAAGUACCGCGAGAAGCUGGAGAAUAUCACCUACGUCGACACGUUCCAGAACCUGAUUCUUCGCUUCGACCAGAUGCAGGGCUACGGUGCAGAGGCUGAUUCGGCACUGUUCAGUCAGGAUGAGGGUACGCCGCGACGGAUGCCUCUGAAUGGCCAGCGCUGGCAGGGUGUGAAGGAAAUGGACGCUGCCGAAGAGGAAUACUUCAACACGUCCGAUGACGAGGACGAGUGGACCCAGGAUAACCGAGCCACCCUUGCUGUUGGUGCGCCUAAUGGAUCGGCUUCUCCGAUGGUCAAGCCGCUGGUGGAUUACCCCGACGACGAUGAUGAGGAUGCUAUGGAUACCAAAUCCGAAGAGGUUCCAGCUCCGUCCGCAGAAGCUCAGCCGUUGACCGUUGGAGAUAUUCAGGUUGAGCCUUCUCCAGAGCCGACGUCUGCCCCCACAUCGCCUACGGCUCAGAUACCCCCGGUGCCUGAACGACUUACGGAGAAGCGCCGACGCGAGGAGGAAGACGAGGACGAAUUGGUGAAACUUGCUGCAGGCCCUAAGCGCAGAAGCUCGACCAGUAGCAACUCCAGCGCGGGCAUGAUGAACCGGAAGAAGAAUCUUUCUAUUGGGUCACUCGGUUCCGUUGAGAAGGGUGGCACGCAAGGCGUGUUGGGCACUGUUACUGGUGCUGCGGCACCAAAGCGAAUCGCCAUCAACAUUGGCCCCGUCGGGAAGGCUGCUGUCUCAGACACGGAGACCUGCGCGGAAACUGUCUCCAGCGAAAGCAACGAGAAAGAGAAUCGAGACGACAGUCAAGGUGAUGAGGGUGGGUGA